AUGAUUGCCCGUUUCCCACUUCUCGAGAAACAAAUGGAGAUUUUGGUGGCAUCAACUAGUUCACUUUCGUUUAAAGAAUUAGAGAAUGCUCAUAAAAUCCUCAAUCUUCUGUGCCCUGUACCAAAAAUGAAUGCGAAAUCGUGCUCAAUUUUGCCUCCAUUUGCCUCAAUGCCUUCACAAUAUAAGGUUGCUUCAAAAUAUCGCCUCGUUGCGUGCUCAAUCUUCAAAAAUAUGUCAACAUUGCUUUCUUCUUUAAUGUGCUAUCUUCAUGACAAGAAAAUGAUGAUAAAUCACACGAAUUUCUACAUGGGAUGGGACAGUAAAACUGCUUGUUUACAUGAGAAUAACGCCGGUUCGUUGAUCGAUUUGGUGUGGCGAUUUGGGAUAAGCCCUACUGGCAGCCAUAAAUUCUCCCUUGUGCGCGAACCAAAAGAGAAAUUCAUCUCUGGCCAUGUCAAUCAAUGCAGUGAGCUGAACCGUUGUGAUUCGUGUCGAAAUACGACGUGCACUUUGGAUAAAAUCGAUCGCUAUGCAAGGGAUUUCCUGAGAAGUGCUCAAUACGAAGGACCCGAAACGUAUCGACAUCACGUCAAUGCGCAUUUUUUCCCUCAAAACUGGCGUUGUGAGUUUGGAUCACGUUUUGAUGAGUAUCAAAUCAUUCGCUAUCACAGUGAAAAGAAAGAUGAGUUGAAGAGGGAUUUGCGGAGAGUUUUUCAGCUCUCCAAAGUCCCGGAGGGAACGAUUCAAUUUCUUUUGGCGAAACUAGAUGAAGGUCGAGGAAUGCACUCGACGGUUGGCAACUCAAAAACAGCAAAAAUCGACGACGAUCUCUUGGCAAAUCCUCGUCAACUCCGAAAGCUUGUCUCCAUCUUUUACUUUGAUUAUCUCAUUUUUCAAUAUGCUCUCCCGAAAUUGACGCAUCUUGUGAAUACAAAUGAAUUCCUCGCUCAA